UUAUCCUUCGUCCUGCGGCUGCUGCAGCCUGUUGAAUCACCGAGAGUUCGUUGUGUUUAGUGUCCGUGUUCUCAACUUCUUGCUUUUCUGUUUUUAUAAUGAUCUCCCAUUCAAUAUUUGUCUUCAUCUUAGUCCAGUCAUCGUUAGCCAAUCUAGAAGAUUCAUACCCAGACACUCCAGAAAACUUUAAUGUAUACUCUGAAGAGUUCCUGGAUCCUGAUGAGUCUGAUAUUGAAAAGAGGGACAAUCACUUUAUGCGGUUUGGUAGAAAUUUGGGAGACCUAAAGAACAGAGAAUUUUGGUACGACGACUAUGACGACAUUGACGUUCCCAACAAAAGAUCAGGAAAUCAGCAUAUUAGAUUUGGUAGGUCUGGCGCCAGUUCUUUUAUGAGAUACGGAAGGGAUCACCUCAAAGGGGGAAGAAACAAAGCACAUUUUAUGAGGAUAGGUCGAUCGUUUCACGAACAAGACGAAAAAACCCGCUCAAAACGCUCCGUUGGCUCCUCGUCUAACGGUCAAGAAAACCACCCGAAACGUAAAGACAUCUUCAUGAGAUUUGGCAAAAGCCCCUCUUUCAUGCGAUAUGGACGCAGAGACGAUUCCCUUCCUGACUCAUCCGCCAACUUCGAAUACCAAGCUGAAGAGAACCAUCCGCUCGCUUUGCUCCUAGCCAAGCUCCUAGCCAGGAGAGAGGGAUCCAAACCAUGCGAGGUGGACGCAUAACCGAGUCACAAGGCUGAAGACGCUCUUGCAAAAGGGGCCUAAACCUGUUCGAAAGUUUCUAAGAAUGUUUUGGCACAACUUUAAAUUUACUAAUGAUGUUACAUUUAUUGUUUAUUCUAUAUGUCACUUUUGCGUUUUGUAGAAGCUCCAAAUCUAUUCAAAAAGUCCAUGAAGCAUAAUUCAUCUUAACAAAGAAAAACAAAUUCAAAGAUAUAGCAACGAUACGUUCAGCUCAAAAUAUUUUUAUUUGUGUAUACUUUCACAUAAUUUUUUUAUAUCCCAAGCAUAAAAUACGAAAAAUACAGUAAAAUUUACAUAUCAUUGUAAAUCACUGUAGAUUAUUAGCACUGUAGCUACCAAAAGAAAGAUCCUGGGAGAUGCAUGAGGGAACGUGCAUGUUAUCCGAGAUUAUUAGUACGUUCACUCGCAAAUGUCCCAAUCAUAGAGGACAGAACUCGUUCUCUCAACAAAAGAUACGUCUUACUCAUGAUAGACAGCUCCAACAUCAGAGUUAAAGAGGCCCUGAAAACUUCUUGCACAUUUUAGGUUACAUACUCACCAGGCCUCUCAAAAAAAAGCUCCGUUCCUUCUAGCCAAUCUUCUACAUUUGGCCGGUAACGAACUUCCUGAUGAGUACUACGACGCUUAGAAGAAACUCUCCUAAACCUCGAUGCACAUUUGCGCUGGCGGUUCGGCAGAACAUGAGUUGUAGUCAGGCACUGCACACUCGAGCUGAGCCGCGGCAUACAAGCCGCUUGCAAGCCGCGUGGACCGAGAGCACGCCAGUUGCUGCUACGCCGCCACGUGAAUGCGGGUUGAAAACAAGUCAUUCGGUUUGGCAGUAUGUGCUGAGCAAUCAGUGAGUACAUGUUGACCGCUCGAUGGAUUUCAACGUAAAUACAGAGCUGUUUAUUUCUGGCGUGUAUUGACGCUAGGGAUGGGAAAAACCUACCGGUUAUAACCUAAAACCGUUUUUUUUACUCCGCAAUAAUCGGUUUUUCCGGUUGUUUUUUGUCCCGGUUAUAACCGUUUUUUUUUUUCAUUUUAAAGUAAUAACCGGUGAAAAACCGGAUAAGUGGAAAAAAUAAUGAAUUAAGAGUAGAAAUAAGAACAUUUUUCGUCGCUCGCACGCGAACUAUCAAGUUUAAGCUGACUGAAACCGAUUUGACAACACUGAUGAUUGAUAUCAAUUCGAAUAGAGAAUCGAAAAAUAAAGAGCAAUGUAAUUGUAACCUGCUGGGUAUUGGCUAUUGACUAAAAAAACGGAAAACCUGUGUUUUGUCAACAACCGCCAUCCCUAAUUGACGCCUAGAAACCACUGAAAUGUGUAUUGAAGGGAGACUUGGUUUAAAAACAAGCAGCAUACUCGCAGCGUGCACGAAACUUGAAAACAGGCAAUUGUACAACGAGCCUAAGAUAUCGCAGAUAAUACAAACUGCAAGCCAAAAAUGCUAAUUAAGAGCCAUUCCCAUAAAUUUUAUGGCUGGUAACAUCAGAGAUGCUUCCUUCUCAUGGUUGGUUGGAUUCUCUACGUCCAUUAUAAGAAACACUUCCAUCCAUCCAUCCAAUGGCACUACAGCCCAAAUCGAACCUUGGCCUCCUUCAACAAGCUUCUCCAAUCAUUUCGAUUUACCGCUGUUCUUUUCCAUGAACGCGUUCCCAGGAAGUUCCUGGCAUCCUCAUCGACUUCGUCUUCCCAUCUCUUUUUAGUUCUUUCAAGAGGUCUUUUUCCCUGCAUUCUUGCAUUUAGCAAUUUUCUGGGGAUUCUGUUCUCAUGCAUGCGGACCACGUGCCCUGCCCACCGUAAUCUCUGCAGUUUAGUGUAUUGUGCUAGAGUUGGUUCGCUAUAUGCUCGUAUAUUUCUCUAUUAUACCUAAUUCGCCAGUUGUUAUUUUCACUUAUUGGGCCCAGUAUCCUACGUAAUAUUUUUCUUUCAAACACAUCUAAUGCAUUGGCAGAUUUCUGUGUCACCACCCAUGUUUCACAGCCAUAACUUACCAUGGGCCGGAUUAUUGUUUUAUAGACCCGUAGCUUUGUUUUCCGGUGUACGUCUCGCGAUUUGAAUAUGUGGCCCAUCGCGAAAUAGGCUUUAUUUGCCAGCAGAAGCCUUCUAUUUAUUUCCGGUUCUUCUUCAUUUCUUGCGACCAGAUCCAUUCCUAGGUACGUGAAUCUAUGCACACGUUCUAUAUCGUCAAUAAAGUGUUAAUGCGCCGGUCUGGUUUGAUCUGGUUUUAUUUGUAUUUAUUGCUAGCCCUACUGCUUCUGCACUCUCUUUCAACUCAACGUAAGUUUCUUCCGCUGCAUUUAUUGUUCUGCUUAUUAUGUUUAUAUCAUCUGCGUAUGCUACUAAUUGGGUAGAUUUGUUUGUAAGUAUGUUAUUUCCGCUCACCGUCUAAUUACAUAUUUAAGAACAAGAUUAAAAAGCGUUGGAGCCAGUCCGUCGCCUUGUUCAGUCCUUGCGUUAUCGUAAACGCAUCAGUGAUCUGUCCUUGAAUACAUACCUGUGCUUCUGUUUCACUCUUAGCUUAAGAAACACUUCACUCUUGGCUUAUUAGCUACACCACCUUCAGGGUCUCCGCUUCAUUAGCAGUUUUGCUACCCCACUAUUAACGUUUGCUGGUCCCAAUUCUAGGCUUCCGUAACAGAAAAAAGGGAGCAGACUUACCUCGACGAGGAGAAAGCCUAAACAAGGUUUGCUAACGUUCAGAAUUUGAUUUGUAGAUUAUUUGGUUAUUGGUCCGAAGAAUGAUACCAAACUCAUGCAGUAUAAAGUCGAGAGAACCUGCGGCUUUAAAAGGAAUGUCACGAAUUAGGUUGAGUCUGCCGAUGGAUAAAUAGUAAUGUGACAAAGAUCACUAUUGGUUCCUACCCGAAAGCGUUAAUGUAUUAUAACACAGUGGUACUAGAUUAUGUCGACUUCUAUAAUUGCCAUUCUUAAAUUUUUAAUCGAUUUCCCAAAAAUUAAACCACAAGCUUUGUAGUUUGUGUUUGAUUUGUAAAUGUAAUAUAGACAACCUUUGGUAAAGGUAAAAUAUUAAUUUAUUAUAAAUAAUAUGGUUUGUGCUUGGACGAAUAUUUUUUAACAAAAUUAUUAUAAAUUUGGUUUUUAUAUAUUUACAAAAUCAAAUGUUACUUCAGUGACUUUUUGUAUAUUUAAGAGCAAAUCUUUGUAUGUUUAUUCUAAUAUUAUAUAGGUAAGACCUAUACUUAAGAGUUUAUAAAAGACUAUUUAAACUUAUAUUUUAAUCAUAGGACAAGUCAUUUUUUAACAAUAUACUAAACUAUCUGAUUAAUAUGGUUUUGAUAGAUUUGAAUAUAUUUGAUGUCUUCUAUGUACUAAGGACACCAAAUCCUGGGUUUUUAGUAAUUUUCCUUAUUUUGUUAGGUAGGUACUUCCUUCUGAUGGUAUGUAUAUAUUUUACCUUGCCCAUUUUAUUGGUAAGUUAAAGUCAUUAAAGUUUAGAUUUAUGGUUAACUUUAUUUUUGUGAAUUUUGUUUUAUAUUAUUAUUAUUUUAUUUUAUGUCCUUCAGUUUCGGUGGAUUCUAUGGUCAGUAAAAAUUAACUACAUAUUCCUGGUCUCUGUAACGCCUUAUUGAGAAGACCUGUGUUAAAUCGAUAUCACUUUUUGAUAAAAAUAAUUGUGGUAGCUUUUUCAGAAGAAGGAAAGUUGGUUGGUGACGGUAACCCAAAUACUCAUAAUUCAUUUUUGUACGUUUGAACAGUUUUACAUUUGUGAAUGGAAAUUAUUGUUUUCUUAAAAAUUUCUUAGAAUUAUACCUAUAUCGUGUGUUAUUUUUAUUUAUUUCCAGUUUCUAUAUAUCAUUAUGUUCUGUCUUGGCUCCUUGUUAUUUGUUUACCAAUUCAAUUCAUAUUUUUUACAUGUUUGAAUGCAAUAAACAUUGUUGUUUUUAUGUUCAGUCUCCCUUGCGUACCUAUUUAUGAUACUUAUUUGAAACGUUUUUUAGGGUCAAACUAAAUCAUCAUCAAUGGUGCUACAGCCCUAUGAAAGGGCCUCGACCUUCCCAAGUCUAUUACGCCAGUCAAUCCUAUCCAUUGCCAACCGUUGCCAGUUUGCUGCGCCUAUUUAUCUCCCAUCCCCAUCUACACCAUCCUUCCAUCUAAGUUUUGGCCUACCGCUAUUUCUACUUCCCACAGGUGACAUAAGGAUUCUUCUAGGAUGGUUGUUAUGCUGUGAUCUUGCUAGAUGUCCUGCCCAUCUUAUAUUUUUAUAAGAGAUACUACGUCUUUACCACCAAAUAUAUGUUUAUAUCUGUGGUAUACCUCGUAGUUGUACCUCCUCCUCCAAAUACCAUUUUUACAAAUGCCACCGAACAUUCCUCUCAGGAUCCUUCGUUCAAAUAUAAGCAGAAGGUUUUCAUCUGCCUUGGAGAUGGUCCAUGUCUCUGAUCCAUAUGUCAACACUGGUUGUAUAAGGGUUUUGUAUAUGGUUAUUUUUGUUUUUUAGCUUAACAGUCCAUUCUUUCACGGUUUUUGCUCUAAAUUUUAAAGAACCGCUUGGAUUGACAUGAAAUUUGGCAUACGUAUAGCUUACAUGUCAAAGAAAAAAAAGUGAUAUUGUGCCGAUGUGUGCUUUUGCCCUGGGGGUGACUUUCACCCCCUAUGGGGGCUGAAAAAAUAUAUGUCCAAAAUAAGUCCGGAAAUGGGUAAACUGACUAAUUUUAAGUAACUUUUGUUCUAUAGAGCUUUUUCGCCAAGUCAACACUUUUCGAGUUAUUUGCGAGUGAAUAUGUUCAUUUUUCAACAAAAUAAUCACAUUUUUAGACGCUUUUUCGCAAAUAACUCAAAAAGUAAGUAUUUUGUCGAAAAAAAUGUUCUUAGCAAAAAUAUAGCUUAUAAAAAAGUAAAAAAAAAAUGGUGUACGCGUUAGGUCUCUGGAUCUCGUAGAACCGGAGUUAUAACCAAUGAAAAAUAGAUUCAUAUUCACCAAAUUUCAAAUAGAAAAUUUCGACGUGCAAUAUCCAAAAUAUUAAGCACUUUUUGGGGAAAACCCAUUAUAACUUUUUUAUAGUGUUUAAAAAAGCUUUAUUUUUGAUUUUACAAAAGUUUCUAGCAUUAAAGUUAAGCAAGUUACGCUCAAAAUAAAGUUGGUCCCUUUUGUUAAAAAAAAAAAAAUCGGGAAGACCACCCUCUAAUUAGCAACUUAAAUCAAAUUAAUCGUUACCGCUUCACAAAUUAUUUUACUUAUGUUGUGUUUAUAUGAUCUGUAAGUUUCAUCGAUUCAAAGUGCUUAUUUUUGAAAAAAAUUGGUUUCAAAGUAAAAUUUUUAAAAAUUUAAAUUUUGAAAAACAAGCUUUUUUUCAAAAUAACUUAAAAAUUGUUAUUGAGAUACCGAAAAUCUCGAAAAACAAAAAAAAAGUCAGAUUUGCUUUUCUGAAUAUCAUGUAUUUUUUUGUUUUUCUGUUAGACAAAAAUUGAUUAAGAUUUGGUGUUUCUAAAUUUGCAUACAUUCGUGAUCAGUGACUCGUUCAACCCCUUUUAACUAGAGCCCUUUCAAUAAUAAGGACUUUGAACCGAUGAAACUUACAGAUCAUAUAAUAUAAACAAUAUAUACACGAGUCAAGAAACUUGUGAAGUCGUAACGAUUAAGUUCAUUUAAGAUACUAAUUAGGGCGUGAUUUUCUCGAUUUUUUUACCAAAACCAAAAGGGACUUACUUUAUUCUGAGCAUAACUUGUUUAAUUUUUUAUUAGCUAUAAAUCUGCUUGUACUAGGUGUAGAGACGUGAUAUAUACACCAUUUUUUAAAAAAAUUUACAGGCUAUAUUUUUGCUAAGAACGUUUUUUCGACAAAAUACUUACUAAUUGAGUUAUUUGCGAAAAACCGUCUAAAAGCGUGGUUAUUUUGUUGAAAAAAUGAACAUAUUCACUGCCAAAUAACUCGAAAAGUAUUGACUUAGUGAAAAAACUCUAUAGAACAAAAGUUACUUAAAAUUAGCCAGUUUAUCCAUUUCCUGACUUUCUUUGGACGAAUAUUUUUUCACCCCCAGGGCAAAAGCACAUAUCGGCACAAUAUCACUUUUUUCCUUUGACUUGUUAGCUAUGUGUAUGCCAAAUUUCGUGUCAAUCCAAGUGGUUCUUUAAAAUUUAGAGAUUUUGCAAUAUUUUACCGUUAAAAAACGGACUAUAAGUUUCGGCUUCUCAUAUGUCUACUUAGUAAAAAAUAGCAUUUGUUCGCUAGGAUUAUCCUUCGCUUGAUUUCUUCCGUCAUGACGUUCUCCUUGGUGAUCAGGGUCAAACUAAACAGUGUAGUAUAAAAAGUGUGAACCUUUUAUAAUCUGUAAUUUAAUACACCCGGUGCAAAAGGAAGACGGCACGUGGAGCAUCAGGAGAAACAACGAGGUUAAUAAAUUUAAUGAAAGGUAUUUGAGAUUUGAGAAAAGUCAAGACUAUCGUGGCUGGGGCAUUUGCAGAGAAAAGACGAUGAGAAAACAACAAAGAAGAUUUUACAAUGAUAGGAAGGCAAAAAAAGGAAGGUCCAGAACGAGAUUGUUGAAUGACGUGGAAGACGAUCUGAAAUCAUUAAAACAGAUAAUAGACCAGUAAGGAUCUGUGAAAAAACGUCUAUUUUUGGAUGUGAAAGGUGGCAUUCGGAUUUUUGCAGAUAAAGUUAGGUGACACCUUCAGUAAUAAUAAUUGACUUAUGCUCCUUCUCAAAUAUGCCCGGAACAUUAAUAAAAAAAUUAAAAUAUUUAAAAAUUUCGAAAAACGUCGAUUUUUUCUGCUUUCUUUGCUUAUAACUUUAAAACGAUUCGUUUUGGAACAAAGUCGUAGAGGAAUAAAAUAAAGAUAAUUGAAUUUUGUAUGAUAUACGACUGGUCAAAAAUGUCUAAACGUAUUAACUUUUCUGAAAUAUAGCAAUAAAUACAAUAUAACGGGGCAAAAUACGCCUGUUGUUAUUAAAUAUUUUUAACCACUUUGGUGACACUUAGAACCUUAGUAAUUCACUUAGGGAAUUCUUUGUAACAUACUUAAACCGUGUACCAAAUUUCAUUAAAAUCGACUUAAUAGAUUUUGCAUAAUAAAUUUUCAAUCUAAAUGUUUUUAAAAAAGUUCAAAUUUUUUAAAAUCUUUCUGAACAAAAAGUAAACCAUUUAGAAGUUGUCUAAUUUUUUUACAUAUAAAGAGGUGCUCUACCUAUCUAAUACACUUUACAGAAUUAAAAUCGGAUUAUUUAAGGGGCCUCAGCAAUGUUUUAAACUUAUAAACAAUUUUUGGCUUAUAAAUCAAUAGCUUUGUUUAAUAAUAAAAAAAUUAAUUUGCAGCAAUGCAAAUAAUUAAAAUCGGUAUAAUUUGACUAAAACUUUCAAAUGCUGUCAGCAGAAUUGCUACUUUAUUUUUUAAUCAAAAGUUAUUCGCGUUCAAAAAUUGCAAUUUUUCGAAUUUUUGAAAGUUCCACUGCGUUUAUCUCCAAAACUAUGCAUCCUACGAAAAAACUUGUAAGAACAUUUUUUGCUUAGAAUUACCCAAGAAAUACAAAAAAUGUUUUAUUUUGCGAAAAAUCGAUGUUAUGUAAUUCCUCAAGUUCUUUGUUUAUAACAAUCUUAUCGACAUCCAGAUCAACUGUUACCCAAAAAAAUCGUGUUAUACGGGUCAAAAAAUACAUAAAAAUAAUCUUGGGUAAGUCCAUCUAAAUAACGGAGCCCGUAGCACCCCCUCCUGGCCACAGGACUAAUUUGUUUAUAAGCCAAAAAAUUGUUUAUAACUUUAAAACAUUGCUGAGGCUGCUUAAAUAAUCCGAUUUCAAUUCUGUAAAGUGCAUUAGAUAGGUGGAGUGCUUCUUUAUAUGUAAAAAAAUUGACAAUUUUUUAUAUGUUCUAGUUUUUGUUGUGCAAGAUUUUAAAAAUUUUAAUUUUUUAAAAAAAGUUUAGAUUGCAAAAUUAUUAUUCAAAAUCUAGCAGUCAAUUUUAAUGAAAUUGGCUGUACAGUUUUAGCACAUUACAAAAAUUUUCUAAGCGAAUUAGGAAGGUUCCAAGUGUAACCUAAGUGAUGGAAAAUCAUUGAAUAAAGACAGGCUUGUUUUGCCCCCUUAUUUUAUAUUUAUUGCUAUUUUGCAGCAAGGGUGAUAAAUUAAGACAUUUUUAACCAAUCGCAUCUGAUAGAAAAUUUAAUUAUCUUUGUUUUAUUCAUAUACGAUUUUGUUGCAAAAUGAAUCGUUUUAAAGUUAUUAGCAAAAAAAGUAGAAAAAAACCUAAAUUUUUAAAUAUUUUAUUUUUUUUAUUAAUGUUCCGGGCAUAUUUGAGAAGAAGCGUAAAUCAAUUAUAAUUAACGAAGUUAUCACCUAACUUUAUCCGCAAAAAUCUGAAUGCCACCUCUCACAUCCACCUAAAAACAGAUCCUUACUGGUCUAUAAUCCAAUGGAGAAGAAGGGCAUACGCCAGAUUCGAAUGGAAGGAUAUAUCCAAACAGGCAAAGACACAACCACGGUUAUGAUACCAAAAGAAGAACGAGAACAAGAAAUAUCUGUGUAUUUAAAUGUUUGAAUUUCAUACCUUGAUUGGCAGUAACUAAUUGAUCUACUUCCAAGCUUGCGUUCGAGAGGCAUCUUGGAUGCUAUCAUGCAAUUUGUUGUAGAUGAGGAAUAUAGUAUUAAAUUUGAUAUAGUUUUUGCUUAAAGUUUUUUGAUUGUAAUAAUAUGAUGAAGAAAAUCUUCUACAAUUGGCCUUGUCUUAUGUCAUAUUUUUUUAUUUCAAUUCUUUUAUUAACUAAAAUAUUUCUGGUGUGUCUCUUAUUGUUUCCAUGCUAAUGAUCUGUAGCAGCCAGUUCAAUAACUACUGAUCCGGCAUUUGGGAUGACUGAUUCCAGAAUAUUUAUUAAAAACUGUCAUUAUUAAAAAUAAAUUACGAUUUUGUCGUUUUAUUUAAAAACAGAAAAUGAAUUGUCCUAGCAUAUUACUCAGGAUUGUGUAGAUCUUUGUGAUAUACCAUUAAAUUCUCGACUCUGUAACUUUUUGUGAUAUUUUAUGUUUGGUUUAGGUCUAAUUAUGUACAUGUCCCUUGAUACCUAGAUCCAUUCAGUUGUGGCUGGACAAUUGAUAUAUGUCAAAGUUAUUAUAUAAAUGUAAUAUUUUAUG